UCCUCUCUUGGGGUAUUUUACUUGAGAAACAAAGUAACCUAACACUAACUGCAGGCGGGGUCAGAGUGAUGUAACAGGAAGCUCUGAUGUUUCCCUUCUCUGCUGAUCACUUACAAUCUGACAACACUUCCAAUCCACUCAAAACAACUCCUCUCUCCAGCAGAGUGUCACCUCCUGCCUUGGGACUGUCAGGCUCCGCUUGCUGGAGCUCCCUCACGCCCGCAGGUCCCAUUACAAGUUUUCCCUCCUUCCCACCUUGCCUGGGUAUAAAUCUCUGCUGCAGUAUCUCAGAAAAUCAAAUUCCAUCCUGAGCCUAUUUCACCAAGAAUUUCCUCACGAGCUGCGCUGGGCCCUACGAUGCCACAUCAACCACUUUUGCUGCCACCUGUCAAAAUUCUGGACCGCCCCACUUUCAGACUUUGGAGCAAUUUCUAGCAGGACUUGGAGCUGUGUGUGACAGUAACAUCUACAACUUGAAUGAUUAGUAGGGUCAUGACCCCUGACUUUAAGAAAUUCUUCAAGACAAUGUCAGAUAUGAUCCAAGAGAAAAUGUGAUUUGAGUCUGGAGACAAUCGUGCAUAUCACCUAAUAAUAAAAACCCAAGACAGCUAAGAGAAGAGAAAACCAUAUCCAAGAAGAUUGCUACAACUCACAAGGACACAGCUUCUGGGUUGAUUUACAAGUAUUUUGUCUGAGCAGUAAGGAUGGAGAAAAUGUGUGUCCUGUAUUUUCUGUUUCUCUUGCCUUUUGUAAUGUGUCUCGCUACAGCAGAACCAGAAGAACAGUCUAAUGACACAAUGCACUUGAGGGUGACUCGAAAUAAAAUCAUGACUGCUCAGUAUGAAUGCUAUCAAAAAAUUAUGCAAGACCCCGUUCAACAAAUAGAAGGCAUUUACUGCAACAGAACGUGGGACGGCUGGCUGUGCUGGAAUGAUGUGGCAGCAGGAACCGAAUCCAUGCAGCACUGCCCGGAUUACUUUCAAGACUUUGAUCCUUCAGAGAAAGUGACAAAGAUCUGUAAUAAAGACGGAAACUGGUUUAGACAUCCAGAAAGCAACAGAACGUGGACAAACUAUACCCAGUGUAAUGUUAACACGCCUGAAAAAGUGAAGACUGCGCUAAAUUUAUUUUACCUGACUAUAAUUGGACAUGGAUUAUCUAUCACAUCGCUGGUUAUCUCACUGGGCAUAUUCUUUUACUUCAAGAGCCUAAGCUGCCAAAGGAUUACGUUGCACAAAAAUCUGUUUUUCUCUUUUGUUUGUAACUCCACUGUGACAAUCAUUCACUUUACUGCAGUGGCCAACAACCAGGCUUUGGUGGCCACAAAUCCUGUGAGCUGUAAAGUGUCCCAGUUCAUCCACCUUUACCUUCUGGGCUGUAACUACUUCUGGAUGCUGUGUGAAGGCAUUUACCUGCACACGCUCAUCGUGGUGGCUGUGUUUGCUGAGAAGCAACACUUGAUCUGGUAUUAUUUUCUUGGCUGGGGAUUUCCAUUGAUUCCUGCCUGUAUACAUGCUAUUGCCAGAAGCUUAUAUUACAAUGACAAUUGCUGGAUUAGUUUUGACACCCAUCUCCUCUACAUUAUCCACGGUCCAAUUUGUGCUGCUUUACUGGUGAAUCUUUUCUUCCUAUUAAAUAUCGUGCGUGUUCUCAUCACUAAGUUAAAAGUCACGCACCAGGCAGAAUCCCAUCUCUACAUGAAAGCUGUGAGAGCGACCCUUAUCCUGGUGCCGCUGCUUGGCAUUGAGUUCGUGCUCCUGCCCUGGCGGCCUGAAGGCAGAAUUGCUGAGGAGGUGUAUGACUACAUCAUGCACAUUCUCAUGCACUUCCAGGGUCUUUUGGUCUCUACGAUUUUCUGCUUUUUUAAUGGAGAGGUUCAAGCAAUUCUGCGAAGGAACUGGAAUCAAUACAAAAUCCAGUUUGGACACAGCUUUUCCCACUCCGACGCCCUCCGCAGUGCCUCGUACACGGUGUCCACCAUCAGCGAUGGCCCUGGCUUCAGUCAUGACUGUGCCAGUGAACACCUCAAUGGGAAAAGCAUCCACGACACUGACAACAUGGUCCUAAAACCAGAAAAGUUAAAAGAUUUAGCUAUAUGAAAGUAGGGGGAUCGUGGUCUAUUGUGUGCCCCCCAUGGACUCAAGGACUUAGACCCAUGAUUUCAGUCGGAAGACUUCAGUAUUAAGUGCAUUUCUUGAACGCCAUAAAGACCUCAAAUGAAAGGAGCAUUAUGUUUAUUGUUCAACAACUAGCUGUGUGGGGGGGCUGGCUUAUGUCUGACAGUAAGUACUCCAGUACAGCUUAUUUCAGAGUGCCCACUUGACAUCACUGGCUGUGGAAUUGCGGGAAAAAAAGCACAAUCCUCUUGUGAUCUGGUGUAUGCAUCAGCUUUAGCACAUACACUGCACAAAUUAACCUAUGAAUACAACUAUAGAGGUUCACACGCACACUGGGUAUGACCCUACUUUUGUUGUGUAAGAAGACCUAGCUAAGUCUUAUAGACGUGAAAGCAAAUUUUGCUUUGAAUUUGUGGUCUGUAAAACUCAUUAUCCAAUUUUUAGUGGUGCAAUUGAGUUUCAUUUGCCCAGACAAUACUCUACUCAAAUGAAUCAAGGAGUUAAUUAUUCUUGUUGGCUUACUCUCUUUUUUCUUAAAAAAAAAAAAAAAAAAAAAAAAAAAAAAAAGCGACCAAGAAUUGAAAUGAACUAUAUACUCACUUCCUGAUAUAGCACAGUUAUAUCCUGAGACAAAUCCACUUAUUCAACUUGGUGAACAGGAUGUAUGAUAUGCAAUCCUAUUUCUGUAUGAUUAGGUAGAUAUCUUGGUUGAUGUUACAAAACACAUUGUCCACUACUUUCCUGUCUUACUUACUACACAAGUGGGGGUGGGGAGGGUUGGGAAAUCAGUUUCCCUGUACCUGUAAAUAGAAGCUUUGCCCUACCAUUUCUACUGUGUAAACAAAUUAGCAAUCAUUUUACAUGAAGGAAAACAAUGAAGGAUUUUUUUAUUACCUUGGGAAUUUGUAAAAAAACAAAAGAUUUUUGUGAAAAUUAGCUUGUAAAUAUUCUAUUAUUUUAUUUUAUAGCCUGAAAUCAAAUAUAUAUACAACCAAGGUAAUUUUUUAAAAAUAAGAUACAUAAUGAAACAAGUUAUACAUGUUAAUAUCUGAUACUGUGUCUGGGCUGACUUUUUUUAAAAACAUAGAGUCUGGAAUUCUAUAUUUCAUAAAUAUUUUAAGGACAACCAGAUGCCAGCAUCAGAAGUUUGAGAACUAAAAAAAUAGAAACAUCUAUGAUAAGAUAUAAAAUAUUUAUUUUAAAAAUGCAAAGCCAUUAUUUUAUUGGCAUAACAGCUUUGAUGAUUCAUAUCUUCAUAUCGGCUUGAUGUAUUUUUUUCUUUUAGUUUGAAGAUGAACUCACAUUCUAUUCAGAAAUUUAAAACCAACUACUGUAAUAACUGUCAAUCUUAUGGGUUCUACUCCAUUAAAAUAUUUUUUUAGUGACUUACUAUAUGAUGAUAUGUAGUAUUGAAAAGGUUACAAAUAAAACAUAGAGGAAUAUUCUCUAUAUAAUAUGCAAUGCUUUAAUAGUUUAAUAGGCUGUGAUAUAUAAUAACGCAAAUCAGAAAAGACUUGAAUAUCCAUCAAUUGCAAAGAAUUGUGAGAUAUUUACAAAAUAAAUGCAAUAAAAGUUAAUCUUGCUAAUGAAUUAAAUUGAUCUUUAAACCGGAGUCAGUUUUUCUAAUAAUAUUUUCCACUGAUUUCUGAAAAACAAUAAUGAUUUCAAAUAGUGAAAGUCAAUUUUGAUAAAAGUCAUGUUAGUGUAUUUUGAAGUUGUCAAACAGCUGAAAAUUGAUUAAACUAAUGGUUUAGUCACCAAAAUUAUUUCUUGAAUGGUUAAUCGAUGGUGAGUUUGGAGGUCACUUGAAAUUGUCAAGGAAAUUGUUUAAGUUAGAAUGAAUACGUUAAGUGGUAUGUUAAGUGUAUUUACAACUUAUAAUUUAUCUAUACAUGUAAAGGUAUUAGUUUAACAUUUUUGAAAUUUAUAAAAAACUGUCAUGGAAAGAAACAAAACCUGUUUUCAGCUACCUAAAUUAUUCAAAAAAUUUUAUUUUAAUAAGCCAUACGUUAGUUAUUUAUUAUUCAAGGGCCCAGAUUCAUAUCCUUUGCAGACAGUGUUCAUGUAUUUCAGCAUUUCCAUAGUAGUAAAAAAUGUCAAAUUAUCAGAGAGCAUGUUAAAGUGAUAUUGUAAUUUUAACUUGCUUUUCACUCUACUUUAAACAGAUUAAGUGUGUUGCACUGUGGCAGUUUCCAGAUGUGCCCACCAGUCUGUGAUCUAUUAGUAUUAAUUUUGUUCCCACAUGCUUUUAAGAGUAAUUAUCUUUAAAUGUCAGACUUCUCUACAUUUGAAGUGCUCAGACCUAUCACCCAUAACCAAGUAAACCUUAUACUUUUUAAACUUGAGCUUCUUUGGUAUCCAAAACCUAAUUUUGAGAAUCUCUAGCUUUUCAGAUGGAGAUCAGCCAUUUUUUGGCAAGUCCUUGUGAAAGUCCCAUUUUUAUUUUCUAAAAAUUCUAUUUUGCUGUUUUUUUCAAAAGUUACUUUGUAGUGUGUUUACUCAUAAAAUAACUCUUCUGGAAUUUCGUGUUUGUUCACAUGCAAUCCAAUGUACAUAGACAAUGGUAACUGUAGUGCUGUAUUUAUUGCUUAAAUAUUUUUAAUGUGAAAUUCUUUGACAUUUUUCUUCAUUUUUACCUGCUAAAAGAAACUAUCUCUAAAACUAUUGAAGCUAUUCCAGUCAAUUAAAACAACUCAUGUUACACUUACUCAAAUCAUGCCUUUGUUUGAUUUUAUGAAAAUAUUAAAGCUAAAAGUUAAAGUUGAUUUUUCCCUCAUGUUUAUUGGAGUGCUGAAUAAGCCAAUUAAGAAAAUAUUUCUUUUAGCAUUCAGCUAACCCUUUUUAACGCCUAUCAAUAUAUGUCUAUUACCUUCUCUGAAGUCUUCAAUAAACCAAGAAUUUAAUUUAAUUAAAUUUUAAAAGUUAUGAAUUUGUUUUUCUAGCUAAAUAAUCAAACAAACUAGAAUGUAUACAAAUCUCUUAUGUCAUAAAAGUUGUGCAUAAGUAAGAAAACGAUUAGGAAUUUGUCUCCUUUUUUCCUUUAUGUAAUUUUAUAUUGAAAAUCAGAAAGAGAAGUAAGAAACAUAUUGAACACAAUUGGUUUUUUAUGGUACUGGGAAGUGAACACAAGGCUUUCACUCUGAGCCUUCUCCCUCUCCCCAUUUGCUUUUGGUUUGAGACAGGCUCUCUCUAAACUGCCUAAGCAAGGCUCCAACCUGGGAUCCUGUCUCUGCAUUUUGCUAGAACACCAGUAUGUACCACUAUAUUUAGCUAUUAAAGAUGAUUUUUAAAAGAAGGCAAAUUCAUGGCUUGCACAAAUGAAAAAUGAAAUUGCAUCUCAUUUUGCAAUUGCAAACUUUUGUUGAACUCAUUAAUGAGGGAACCAAUAACACAUUACCAUCAUUCAAAAGAAAAGUCAAAGAAUUGUUAUAUUUCAGUAUAUAAAGAUGCUGAAAUAAAUGAAAUCAAAACCACACUGUCAGUUACAGUUUAUUAAAGAAUUUAUAUUUCUGUGAUUAAGAAAAAAUGUGCAUAAGUAUCAAUCUUCUACAACUAACAUUCAUUAAAUAUCUCAAUAGGAGUAACUUAGGAAAAGACAGUAGGAAGCAACAGAGAUGGCAUAUAUAUACUAAUAUAUAUGUAGACAUAUAUAUCACAGUAUAUUACACACCACGUGCAAAUAUACCAGGUGGAAAACAUCUGUCCAUUUUAAAACUUCUGUCAUGCUUUACAACCUCUUUUUAUUCUGAUUAUAACAAUUUUUGAAAACAUUCUUGAUUAAAAAUCCUGCUAACCUCGUA